AUGGCAUACCCAGAGCACUACUACACCCCCUCCCUCGUCUCUGCCUCUGGCUCACGACGCAACAGCCCGCCCAGCGACCCCCCUACCCCAGGUAUCCUCUCUCCGACCGGACCGCCCCAGGGCGGCAUGUGGGGCAGUAACGGAGCUCCUCACGUUCCAGAGUGGUACAAGUCCCCAAGGGGCGCCGCUAAUGGUGGGAUGACUAGCCCGUUGGGUAUGGGUCACCCGGGAGGGCAGCGACGACCGCUCGGCGAUGUCAACUCGAACCAGAUGCCCACGCUCGGUCUCGCUUCCCCAUUCGUCCCGUCUGACCCAAACUGUCUUUGGGGUCCACCGAUGGGUAUGCAGAGUCCGGAACAGCGGAGUGUAUCGCUCGAGAAAGAGCUCGCAGCUGCCCAACGGAGGAUCCGCGAGCUGAGUCUGGAGAAUCAGCAGCUCAAGCAGCGUGAUGCAUACCGCUCCCCCUCCAUGUCCAGUAUCAGCCCCCUCCACCCCCUCAGUCCAGUCACAUACCACACCCCUGGUCCAGCUUCCGGCACGCCCGUCUACUUUGACUCGAUCGGAAGCAGCAUGUACAACUCGGGGUAUAGCGGCGUAUCGCACAGCGGCGGGCAGGGAGGUGGGGGGUAUUUGGAGGAAGAGACGGGAGUCGUCCAGGAGGGUGUCGAUGCGAACGCAGUCUAUAUCGCCCCGAGGCUUCUUCAGGCGGACCUCCUCCGUGGCGUCUACAACUUCAACGAUAUGCGCGAUGUUGAGAUUCGGCCUAUUGUCUGGGUGAUCGCGCACGUUCAGCCUCACAACAGCAUGGAGAGCGCAUCCCUCAAAGCGGCAGUCAGCAAUCUCGCCAACCGCUUCUCGCUCGGCAACUCCCACCCGACGUGCAUACUCCUCAUCAACGCCAUCUUUGACUGGGCCAAGGGACUCUGCUUCACUUCGUGCGGCAACUACCUGUGCCAGCAGCUUCUUGAGAAGGCGGACAUGCCGGAUAAGCAGAAGUUUAUCGAUGUCAUCAAGGAUGAGAUUGUUAAUAUUGCGGGAGACAAGUUUGGGACGCAUGUGCUCUGCAAAGCUGUGGCUAUUAAAGAGCUUGAGGAGCCUAUCGCGGAUGCUUUGAUGAAGUAUGGAGUAUUCGAUUCGCUUAAGACUGGUGCGAGGCGAUUAUGGCGGGAGUACCUUGAGAAAUGCCGGCAGAAUCGAUCGCAGGAUGUCUUCUACAAAAUCAACGAGGAGAUGAAGGGUCGUUGGGCCGACUUGGCUUGCAGUAAUGAGCAUGGAUCGAUUGCGGUCCAGCAGGUGUUUGAGGUGUUUGGUUCGCAGGAGUUGACGGAUCCAUGCUUUAACGAAAUCUUGGACGCCAUCUCCACCGUCGCGAACAACCAAUUCGGACACUUCCUCAUCACCAAGCUCCUUGGCUACCCUCACCUCGUCAAGCCGACCUGCGAGGCCAUCAUCGCCUCGUACCCGCCUGUCGCGAUCACGCACCACGGCGUCAACUUUGUCAAGAUUUCAUUGUCCGAGACUGCCAGGCCGGGGUUGAGCAAGUAUAUCGACUCGAUCUGUAGUUCGGAGAAUGGGCAGACACCGGGCAUCGUCAGUAUUGCUACAGCUUCGGUUGGGAAGGCGCAUCUCAUCUUUGUGCUUGGAUACUUGAGCCCCCUCGAGCAGAACCGCGUCCGAGGUGUCUGCAAGGCGUACAGCACCACCCUCAGGAACUCGCAGAGCGGCAAUGACCUUCUCCGAUCUCUGGGCAUCAUCCAUGCGGUCGGAGCGAGGUACCGUGCCGGAACAAACUAG